GCAGCACUAGCUCGGCAAGCGGGCGACACAAUGUCGUCCGGGCAAUGGUGGGACGAUAGCUGGCGUGCUCCGAGGCGUGGCCCUGCGUGGGAUCGGCGGCAGGAGGGCUUCCAGAGGCGUCAGGACGAGCGGAUGGAGCAGGUGCGCCAGAUCGCGUCCCUCACCGAGCAGGUGAAGAACGAGACUGCCCGCGCGGUGCGUGCUGAGCAGAAAGUGGAGGCGUUUCGCAACCAGGUGGCGCAGCAGAACGCGGACAUCCACGCGAUGGCCACCGAGCUGACGGUGGGGAGGCUCAAGAUCGCGGAGCUGCAGAAGGAGCUCGACAAGGCAAACACGCCGAAGAGGGCGCGGAAGGAGCUCGACAAGGUGCCUCAGGCGGACACCUCGAAGAAGACGCGGAAGGAGAAGUAG